AUGGGGCAGAAAAUUGUCCCACCGUUCACAACAAUCUUGCAAGUUCAAGCCUCGGAUGCCGAUAUUGCCUUAAACAGUCAAAUUUAUUAUUCACUGGUUGGUGUGUCGCUGGAAUUUAUGGUCGAUCCGAUUUCUGGGGCUGUCCGUAAUUUGCGAUAUCUGGAUCCGGGCACAUACGAGUUGUCGUUGCUGGCCGAAGACAGGUCAUCAAGGCUGUUUUGGAAAAAAACUCAAGCGGAUUAUGAAAGCGUUCUGUCCAAUUACAAUACAGCCAAUAAGGCCAAAGCGGUUUGUUUCAUUCAUUAG